UCGUUGGACAGUCUUGUUUUGGCUGUCGUGUAUGCUGACCAGCAGCAACUGACCCCGUCAAUUCCUAUGUUGAAAACCACCCACAUUUCGUGUUUUUUCUAUCCUCAGUUUUUUUCCUUUCAUUGAUUUCAUGUACUGAGCUUUGUGAUGAUGCGCAUGCUGCGAAUCCUCGUGUUUGCAAAAGUUAUGACAAAGCACUAGUUUUGAUAUGGCUAGCAAAUCUUAACAUGGGCACUUCGUAAGGGCUCGAAUAGGGUUUUCGAGAUUCAAGUCUAUAUCUUUUUUUAAGUCGAAGACAUUAAUUUUUGGAAGGAAGUUAAUUUUUUAUCAACUUCAGCCAACGUUCAGUUGUUUUGAUGAGGACAAUGAAUGCUUUAUUUUGAAGUGAGAAUCAAAAAUUCUUUACAGUCCUCUGGAUUUAAAAAAAAAAGCCGUCAACAAUGAAUUCAAGUGCUAAUUGGAUGUUUAUGUUCGUGUUUGUUCUCUGGUGCCUGAUACCGUUCUGUGAGAGCAAAGAUGUCUGCGAAAGGAAACUGGGUAACUGCACGGCCAUGAUGCAACCCGUACUCAAUGAAGUGCGAUACAUGUUCCCUAUCACGCAACUCGAAAUCGAAGGCAUGUGUCAGGUAUGGAGCCAUAUAAUGGACUGCGUCAGGAAAUAUGUCAUUGAUUGCUCUUCAGAGGAGCAAAGAACGAAAUUUAAUGAAGCUGUAAGCAAUUCCAUAGAUUCUGUACAUGCGAUAUGUAGCUCUGAUCGUUACAGGCGAGAUUACUUGGAAUAUGCAACCUGUUUUCGGAAAGUUUCCAUGGAUAGCUGUGGCAACCAUUUCAGAAAAAUGGUAGACAGCGCUUAUAACCCACAUUCUUUAGAAUUACAUAUAUGUUGUGCUUACAGACAAUAUGAGAAGUGCGUUUCAGAACCCACUCAGAGAAUUUGUGGACCUCAAGCUUUGCAUAUACUUGACGAUUCCAUGUCUUCGUUACGAAGCCGAUGCGAGACAAUUACGAAAUCACUGAAGCCAUCGGACAAAAUAUGUCCAGCAGAAGGCAACAACGUUCAAGAUACGCAAGAGUAUCAACCAAGACCAGCAUUGCGUCACGUGGAGCAAACAUACAAUCCAUUAACCACAUCCAGUUACCUCCUCAACAGUCGUCCAGCUCCACAAUAUACGACCCCAUCUUGGACACCACGUACUGUAAUUUACCCGCUACCAGUGACCAGACACAGUAGCAGAAUAUCUCACAACGAUGCCUGGACAAUAUCAAGUUCUGCCAUAUGCUUACUAGCGUCUCUAUUGUUUGUUUUCUGUCUUUGUUAGCGACUGGUUUCAUAUUGAUACGGGGUUAUGGAAAUAGAGGGGAGGGAAAGUGAAAGAAAGCUUUCAAUUCAUGCUGUCUUGGCUUGCGAACUCGAUUGUGCUCUAAUAAAAUGGUUA